AUGUUGGACGAAAUAAAUUCUAAUGUGGUUUCCGUGAUAGGUAGCUGUUUUGAGACUUAUACCCAUCAGCUUCGUGUUCAUUCAGAGCUAAUGCCAUCAAUAUUUACAGUAAAUGAAGGUUCGUUUUCGAUACCAAACAAAUCACAUGUAUUACCUUGCCCUGUGCUAUGUGAAUAUUGUGGGGCUCUAAAAUUUAAAGAUGAAUCGAAAGGUUUUUGUUGUUGUGAUGGAGCUGUUAGAUUGAAAGUGAAUGAUACCCCAGAUGAAUUACAUCAUUUAUUUACAUCAAAUUCUGCUGAAUCCAUUGAAUUUAAAACUUACGUACGAACUUACAAUAGCAAUUUCUCAUUCACUUCAUUUGGUGUGCAUUAUGAAAAAGAUUUGUGCAAAAGAAACAAAGGAAUCUAUACCUUUAGAAUUCAAGGUCAAAUAUAUCAUUUUAUAAAUGUCAUUCUUGUACAAAACGGUCGCCCUUCUUAUAUGCAGCUCUAUUUUUUUUACACUGAAAAUGAAAUAGAGCAUCGACUACAACUUUCUGAAAAGUUAACAAAAUGUAUACUUUCAAAGCUUGUCAAAGUGAUGGAAUUGAAUCCAUACGCAAUUUUUUUUCGAACUUUAACAAAUAUUCCAAAUUUGAAAUCUCAUAGUCUUAAAAUUAGAUCUGAUUGUGGAUUAGAUCAAAGAGUAUAUAACACACCAUGUGCAUCUCAAGUAGCUACUAUUUGGGUUGAUGAUGAUUCUACUACUAAUGAACGAGUGCGUGAUAUAACUGUUUCUUGCAAUUCUGGAGAAAAAUAUCAAGUACAUUAUUAUUCUGGUUGUUAUGAUCCUCUUCAAUACCCUUUACUGUUUCCUUUUGGCGAAACUGGUUGGCACCAAGGUAUUGUUAGAAUUGACAAACACAGAAGACAACAAACAUGUGCAAAUGAAAAUUUAUUUGACAUUCAUCAAUUAAAUUCUGCGGCAGAAAUUUUUGCAGUGGAAAAUACAGUUGUGCAAAAGAAAACAACAAGAGCUCAGGUAUCAUGUAAAGAAUACUAUUCCUACAAAUUACAGGUUAGACCUUCACAUAAGUCAAUUUUACUUCAUGCUGGACGUUUGUUACAACAAUAUGUUGUAGAUAUGUAUGUGAAGAUUGAAACAUCUAGAUUAUAUUAUUUUCGUAACAAUCAAAAUGAAAUACGCGCUGAGCUUUACCAAGGGAUUAUAGAUUGUGUUAAGUUCGAUGAAACUCGAGCAGCUAUGACUGGUAAAAGAAUUAUUCUGCCGUCAUCUUUUACUGGUGGUCCAAGGGACAUGAACAAAAGAUAUAUGGAUGGAAUGGCAUUAGUUCAAAAAUUUGGUAAACCAGAUAUUUUCUUAACUAUUACUUGUAAUCCAAAUUGGCCUGAAAUAAAAGACCAAUUAAGGUAUAAUGAUGAAUCACAAAAUAGACCUGAUCUUUUAACUCGAAUUUUUAGAGCUAAGUUAGAAGAACUAAAAAUUGAUAUAUUCAAAAAUAAAAUUUUUGGUUCUGCAGCUGCAUAUAUAUAUGUCAUAGAAUUCCAAAAAAGAGGUUUACCACAUGCUCAUUUUUUAAUCAUUUUAGAUCACGCAUCCAAAAUCAUUGCUUCUGAAUCUAUAGAUAAAUUUGUGAGUGCUGAGAUUCCAGAUAGACAAACUUACCCUCAUUUAUACUCUGUUGUUGUUUCUCACAUGAUACAUGGUCCUUGUGGUAUUUUAAAUCCAACAAAUGUUUGCAUGAAUAGAAAUAAACAAUGCAGAAGCCAUUUCCCAAAGGAUUAUACCCCAGAGACGUUCUUAGGCGAAUUUUCAUACCCAAAGUAUAGACGUUUAAAUAAUGGGAGGAAACUGAAAGUUAGAAGACAAUGGUUAGAUAACAGAUGGAUUGUACCUUACAAUCCAUAUCUCUUGGCUAAAUUUAAUUGCCAUAUAAAUGUAGAAAUUUGUUCAACCAUCAAAGCUGUGAAAUAUUUGUAUAAAUAUGUAUACAAGGGACAUGAUAGAAUUGGUUUCUCAGUACAUUCUGAAAAACAUGUGGUUGAUGAGAUUAAAAAUUUUCAAACAGCUAGAUGGAUUUCUCCUCCUGAAGCAUUAUGGAGAAUUUUUGGUUUCAUUCUUUCAAAAAUAAAUCCUCCAGUUACCCUUCAAUUACACCUCGAAAAUAAUAAUUUCGUUACAUACAAAAGUUCUGACAAUCUUGAGAAAAUUGUAAGUACAGACUUUUUCAAAAAAACUAUGUUAACAGAAUUUUUCCAGAUGAAUCUUGUUGACAAAAAAGCUACAACUCUUUUAUAUAAACAAUUUCCAGAAUUUUUUGUUUGGGACUCACAUUUUAAAUGUUGGAGUCCUAGAAAACAAGGUUUUUGUAUCGGUAGAGUAGUUGCAGCAAGUCCAAGUGAAGGGGAAAGAUAUUACUUGCGUCUUUUGUUAAAUCAUAUUAGAGGCGCAAUGUCAUAUCGAGCUUUAAAAAUUGUAAAUGGUGUUGAAACAUCGUCUUUUCGAGAAGCGGCACUUUUACAUGGUUUACUUAAUGGAGACACUAAUUGUGAUUUAUGUUUGCCGGAAGCUUCAGAGUAUCAAAUGCCUACUCCAUUUCGUCGUCUUUUUGCAACAAUUCUAACUCUAUGUGCUCCAAAUGAUCCAAAAAAUCUAUGGAACAAAUUCAAAAUUUUUAUGAUUGAGGAUUUCAUACGUGCUGGUAUGUCGCUGCAAAUUUCUGAACUUAAAGCUCUUUUGGAAAUUGAUGCAAUUUUAGAACUUUCUGGUAAAUCCAUUAAUAGCUACGGUUUUGUAUCAUAUAAUGUACAUCUACAUGAAAAUGAACACGUCGCUAUAGUAAUAAAUGAUGAACUAAGCAUUAAUGUGUCAGAAAUAGAUAUUAUGUGUCCCCAUCAACUUAAUACUGAACAAAAGACGGCAUAUAAUGCAAUUCUAAAUAAAGUAGACACUAAUGUUAGCGGCAUGUUCUUUAUUGAUGGUCCUGGUGGAACGGGUAAAACCUUUUUAUAUCGAACAUUACUAGGUACUGUGAGGUCAAGACAAAUGAUUGCUUUAGCAACAGCAUCUUCUGGUGUUGCAGUUGGUCUUUUGCCUGGUGGACAAACAGCACAUUCUAAAUUUAAAAUACCUCUAGAAAUUUGUAAUAACACAAUAUGUAACAUUAGUAAACAGAGUGCUCUUGCAGAACUUUUUCGAAUGACAAAACUAAUCAUAUGGGAUGAAGCUCCAAUGGUGAAUCGACAUGUAGUUGAAGCAUUAGAUAAAAUGUUAAGAGAUGUUAAUGAUUGUGAAUUCCCAUUCGGAGGUAAAGUUGUUGUCUUAGGAGGAGAUUUUCGUCAAAUUCUACCUGUAGUUCAAAGAGGUAAUAAAGACGAUGUAAUAGGAGUAAGUCUUGUUAACUCUUACUUAUGGCCUUUAUUCACAAAACUAAGAUUAAGUGAAAAUAUGAGAGCGCAAUUAGAUACAUCGUUUUGUAAAUAUUUACUUGAUAUUGGAGAUGGAACCGCAGAAAAACAUUCAUGUAAUAUGGUACAACUUCCGCCUGACAUAACUACAGAUUUCGAAGAACACAUCACUUCUUUACAGUCAUUAAUAGAUAUAAUUUACCCAAAUUUAGAUCAUUAUGUUGACAAUCUUCGUUACAUGAUUAACAGAGUUAUUUUAACUCCAAAAAAUGAAUAUGUUGAUGAAAUCAAUAAUUUGUUGAUUACUCACUUUCUUGGAGACUCUUUCAUUUAUUUUAGUUUUGACGAAGCUAUUGAUACAACUGACCAAAAAGGUCUCUGUAAUGGAACUAGGCUUCUUUGUAAAAGUUUCUGA